UAUCAUCUGCCUGUGCUGAAAAGCCAUACCCAAAAUCCCGAAGCACCACUGUACAACUCCAAUGGCGUUAUCUCUGGCGCUUUUACACUCAGCUGCGUCCGUAUUCAACGGCAAGUUCCCGCCACCGUCCAUGCGGUUUCCGGCCGUCGUACUCCGCUCUCGCCCCGGUGGAUUGUCGGUUACCGCCAUGUCAUCUGUGGUCCUGGUAGAGAAAAGCGAAGCUGAGAAGGUCAAUCGGCUCAAAACCACUUACAUCGAGAAAAUCGUCCCCUUGCUCAAAGAAGAGUUCGAAUACACCAAUAUUCACCAGGUUCCAAAAGUUGAAAAGAUUGUGGUGAAUUGCGGUAUUGGAGAUGCUGCGCAGAAUGCGAAGGGGUUGGAAGCGGCUAUGAACGAUUUGGCGCUCAUUACGGGUCAAAGGCCGAUAAAGACGAGAGCAAAGAAUGCUAUUGCCACCUUUAAGAUAAGAGAAGGCCAACCGCUUGGAAUUGCAGUUACUCUGAGAGGAAAUGUGAUGUACUAUUUUCUUGAUCGACUCAUUAAUCUAGGACUUCCUAGGACGAGGGAUUUUCAAGGUGUGAGCUCGAAUAGCUUUGAUGGGCAUGGAAACUACAGCAUUGGCUUCCGUGAGCAGAGCGUUUUCCCGGAGAUAAGUUAUGAUAUACUUGGUAAGCCACGGGGAAUGGAUGUUUGCAUAACCACAACAGCUAAUACAGAUAAAGAAGCCCAUAAAUUACUUGCUCUUAUGGGAAUGCCAUUUAGAGAAGGUGGUGGUGGUGGCCCCACAACCGUGGUACGGAAGAAGAAGCUUAAAUCUCACCAUUUUGACUCAAAGUCGAAAUCAAAGCAAAGAACCAAGAAGAGGUAAACCUCGUUCUUUGUCAAGGAAUUAAGAGCCCGUUUAGGUUAAUUGCAACAUGAUAUUUUGUUAGUUUUUGAAGGUACUGUUAUCUGUAUUUUUCUGUAUUUAGCUUGUUUUUCCCUAAAUUUUCUUUCUAUAAUUUUGAAAUUUAUGCGAUUUGAUCA